AUGAGGAUAUGCUCGUGGUUGACGGUGGUGGCGGUGGUGGCCGCCCUGGUGGGGACGUCCUCAGGAAAGGUGUUUACCAAGUGUGAAUUGGCCAGAGUGCUGACCAACACAUACCACAUGUCCCGCACCCUUGUCAAGAACUUUGUGUGUCUCGCGGAGUAUGAGUCUAGCUUCAACACGUCCGCUACUAACAAGAACAAAGACAAAAGUACGGACUUUGGCAUCUUCCAGAUCAACAACAAGUACUGGUGUCAAGGCGCUAUUAGAACGACCAAUUACUGCAAGCUCCAGUGUUCAAGCCUACUGAACAGCAACAUUUCCGAUGACGUUGCAUGCGCUCAAAGAAUCUACAGGCAACAAGGAUUCAAAGCCUGGUACGCUUGGAGGAGCCACUGCAAGAACAGAGAUCUGGAUAAAUACAUUUCCGUGUGCUUCUAG